ACUGCAUUUCAAGCGAGGGCUGACCAUGACGAGACUUCGUCCGCCUCAGUUCUCCACAUCUGCAUAGUUCUCCAGUUACAGCCAGCACACACGCUCCAGCAUCGCAUAUCACACGCAUUAUGAAGUCUCCUCAGUCUUAUGGCACGUGGAAAAGUCCUGUAUCGACAGAGAUGAUCACCCAGGAAGCUCUUACGUUCGAAGAUCUCGUGGUGGACGCGCUACGGGGACGUCUUUACCAUACUGAAAAGCGUCCGUCGGACCCUCGCCUCAUCAUCGUUGAUACCGAACGCAAACAAGAUGUCAUCGGGGAUCAGUAUCACGCGCGCUCAAUCAUCAAUGGCUACGGAGGGCGAGUAAUGGCCGCGAAGGACAACAACAUAUUCUUUACCAACAUACCAGACUUCAGAAUAUACAAAGCUACGGAUGGACAUUGCGAAGCCAUCUCACCUGCAAGGCCUGAGUGGCGUUUCGGCGAUCUAGACAUCCAUCCUACUCAAGGAAUUGUUGUUUGCGUCCGCGAGGACCACACAAACCCUGCCGCGAGCGCCGUCCAAACCAGCCUUGUCGCGCUGGACACGGAGAAGGGCUCCGUGACGACUAUCGCCGAAGGCUGGGAUUUUUAUGCAGACCCGACCUUCUCUCCAGACGGCCAGAGGAUCGCAUACACUCGAUGGAAUCACCCAGACUCCGCGUUCCACUCCAUGCAACUCGUGGUGGCAGACGUUGUCGCCAGCGACGGGGGCAUUGCUCUCGCCAACGAGGUGGUCGUAGCCGGCGAGCCUGGGAAGAGCAUUGCUCAGCAGCCGCAGUGGCUGUCCGACGACAGCCUGAUGUUCAUCUAUGAUAUCUCGGGCUGGGGUCAGCCGUGGAAGUUUACCAUUGGGGCAUCAGCUCGUCCGAUCCUCCGGUCCCCGAUCGCGGAAGACUUCUCCGAAGCGCACUGGUUCCAUGGCACUUCCACCUACGCAGUCCUCAGCCCAGCGUUAGCAAUAUGUAGCGCCCUUUCCGGAGGCCUCACCAAGCUAUACGUCCUGGAUACCGACCAUGGGUCGCUGGGGCAGCUCGAUAAUCCAUACCCUGUUCUCAAACAAGUCCGCGCCCUGAGCGAAACAUCCGUCGCUUUUGUCGGCUCAAAGGCAGAUCAAGGUUCCGCUAUAAUCCGGCUAACCCUGUUGCCCGAGCUCAGCGGUUCUUGGAAUACAAAAUUCGAAGUGGUAGUGCCUUCCACUGCCGUCGACCUCUCCACGGACUACAUGCCCAGGCCCCAAUCUCUUCUACUAUCUGAUGAUCAGGGCAGAUCUCUUCAUGCUUUGUACUUCCCACCUACCUCCCCCGACUUCGAGGGACUUCCUGGCGAGAAACCACCUGCAGUCGUCAGCUUCCACGCGGGGCCGAAUUACAGACCGAGCGCUGGGUUUGACUGGAUACGUCUUCUAUAUACUUCACGGGGAUGGGCAUGGAUCGAGGUUAUGUUUGGAGGAUCAACUGGCUUUGGUAGAGAAUAUCAGCAUAGGCUGGAGGGUCAAUUCGGUAUUCGCGAUGUCAACGAUGUGAAGGACGCUACUCAACAGAUUAUCGAACUUGGGUUAAUUGAUCCGCGAAGAAUCGCCCUGCGCGGUGGCACGUCCGGGGGCUACGGUGUGCUUCGAUCCUUAAUCUUGCACCCGGACCUCUACGCUGCUGGUACAUCAUACUUUGGUCUGAUUGACCUGAGAACCAUCCACGAAGCUACGCAAAAGUUCCAGAUGCACUACGCGAAGCAUUUAGUGGGUGGCUAUCCGGACGAGAUCCCAGAGGCAUACCGAGAGCGCUCGCCUCGGUACGACGCAGAGGCGAUCAAGAACCCAGUCCUGCUCAUCUACGGCAAGCUCUCCCCGCAAGUGCCGUUUACUCAGAUCGAAGAAUUCGCACGCACUAUCGUCAGUCAGGGUCACCGCGCGGAAGUGCUCGCGUUAGAGAACGAAGGACACCGCAUGCGCGACACCAAGAUCUGGAGGACGUGUUUCCAGACAGAGCUUGAUUUCUUUGAGAAGAUAGUUUAAUUUUCCGAAGAAGGGCGAUGCUUCACACACGGACUCGCACUGCCAUGUCUUGUAGGCGGUAAUAUCUGGGCUCCUAAACUCACAGCUCGGUUUGCAAUUUUAUCUUCAUUUCCUGCCCGCAGGGCGGAUAUAGGCACUGCAGGUUGCAUUCGACUGUGAUGCUGAUGGCCCAGCUUUUGAUGGGAUCUGACUGGUCUUCAGUCAAAGUAGGAAUGGGCGUUCCUCACGCCGCUUCAUGCGCUCGCUCACUGGGAGGUGCGCACUACAUAUUUUCCCAUCGCCAUCUCUACCAUCCCAUCGUUCCUUUCGUUGCUACCCACCAACUACCGCACGCAUGUCGGAACAAGCUCCUCCUGUACGGCCUAUAUCCAGUCGAGCUCUGUUGGACGAUGACAAAAGCUUAUGUUGCAGUCCACCAGAGGUGUACGUUAUGUAGAGGUCUCACCUCCGACGAGUUGGCAGACAAUGGCCAAGACUGUCCGUGAGUUCGAUGAAGAUGAAAUCCGGGACUGCAAAGAAGACAUCGACACUCUUCUGGUAUUUGUGAGUCGGAUUACAUCUCGC